GAAGCAGACGCAUCUCACAAGCCGGAUGCGGUAUAUCUGUGGAAGAGGUAUAUGUGGGGCGCUAGGACCCUGAAGACCAGUAGGAGGCUAUUGAUAGCAUUAUGCUAGCAGAUGCUAGUGUUGUCACAAGGAUUCAUGAACUACCUUUUAAAUUGUAAUACUUUAAUUGAGUGUGUCUCUUUCCUCAGACUUAGUCAUGUCUCAGCUGGAGAAGAAGGCAGGGCUGCUGAGGAGGACCUCAUCCUCUAAGAAACCCUUGAAAGAGAAGGUGGUGUUGAUGUAUGAUGAGAUUUUUGCUAAAGAAGACCCAGCCAAAAACAACCCUCGCUUCUGGGAUGAGCUGUUUCUUAUGAAGGUAAAUCUAGAGUACCUGGAGUCGAAGUUGGAGAGUGUAGAUGGGGAGGAAGUUCAGCGGAUCCAGGACAACAUCAACUCUCUGUUCCACCACUGUGUUCAGGCUCUGGGAGAGGAGCACCAGAUCAAAGUAGUCAAUGCCCUGCAGACACUCUGUGCACUUUUCCGGGGGGUUCACCAGAAGAACAAGUCCACGUCUGGCUUUGACAUAAUCAACAUGCUCAUGGGCUUUGACAAGGCUGAGCAAAGGAUGAAGGACCUGAUGGAGAGACUGGACAGCCUUCUUUGUGGAGAUGGCUCAGAGAGUCUGAAGAGCCUUUGUCUCAAACUGCUGCUGUGUCUGGUGACGGUAACGGACAAUAUUAGUCAGAACACCAUACUGGAAUAUGUGAUGAUCAACAGCAUCUUUGAAGCCAUUCUACAGAUCCUGUCAGAUGUGUCCAGUAGAGGGCAGCAUGGUUAUGAUGCUGUGGUCCUUCUGGCCCUGCUGGUCAACUACAGGAAAUAUGAGUCUGUGAACCCAUACAUUGUGAAGCUCUCCAUUGUGGAUGAUGAGCCAACACUAGAUGGAAUGGGUAUGGUUGUCCACCAAGCUCUGACAGAAUAUAACAGGCAGUACAAAGACAAAGAGGAAGAGCACCAGGGUGGGUUCUUCUCUACCCUCACUAGUAUGGUGGGCAGCAUGUUUAUAGCUGAUGCUGAUGAGAAACUCUCUGUACAGACCAAUGAGGCGAUUCUGCUGGCGCUCUAUGAGGCUGUGCACCUUAACCGCAACUUCAUCACUGUAUUAGCCCAAAGCCACCCUGAGAUGGACAUCCCAACCACACCCACCACCCCUACUCCAACCACACCUACAACACCACUUGGCACUACACCGCCCUCCUUAGACAUGAUGAACAACCCAGAGCUGCCCCUGGAUCCCAACCUGCAGACCAGCAACCUUCUCAUCACCUUCCUCAAGUACGCCUCCAUUGUAAUGCAGGAUACUAAAGAUGAGCAUCGCCUCAACAGUGCCAGACUGUGCCUAAUCAUCCUCACCUGCAUAGCCGAGGACCAGUACGCUGAUGCCUUUCUUCAUGAUGACAAUAUGAACUUCAGAGUCAAUCUCCACAGAAUGCCCAUGAGGCACAGAAAAAAAGCGGUGGACAAGAACAUCCCAUCACGGCCGCUGGUGUGUGCUGUUCUAGAUCUGAUGGUGGAGUUUAUUGUCACUCAUAUGAUGAAGGAUUUCCCCAUGGAUUUAUACUUGCGCUGUGUGCAGAUCAUCCACAAACUCCUGUGCUACCAGAAGAAGUGCAGAAUAAGGUUACACUACACCUGGAGGGAGCUCUGGUCAGCUCUCAUCAACCUGCUCAAGUUCCUGCUGUCAAACGAGACAACACUGCUGGCCAAGCACAACAUCUUUCAUCUGGCCUUACUGGUAGUGAACCUGUUCAACAUGUUUAUAACAUACGGUGACACGUUCCUGCCCACAUCCAACAGCUACGACGAGCUGUACUAUGAAAUUGUACGAAUGCACCAGGUCUUCGACAACCUCUACUGUAUGGUUUUGAGAGUAUCAACCAACACGGGCCAGUGGAAGGAGGCAGCCAGCAAAGUCACGCAUGCCCUUAUCAAUGUUCGGGCCAUCGUCAACCAUUUUAACCCCAAGAUUGAGUCGUACGCUGCUGUGAACCACAUCUCCCAGCUGUCGGAAGAACAGGUGUUGGAGGUGGUUCGGUCCAACUAUGACACACUGACGCUCAAACUGCAGGAUGGUUUGGACCAGUUUGAGAGAUACUCGGAGCAGCCCAAAGAGGCUGCCUUCUUUAAGGAGCUGGUGCGCUCCAUCAGUCUGAAUGUGAGGAAGAAUGUCUCUCUGAACACACUGAGUCAGGACAUCCUGCUCAAAGAGUUUUCCACCAUCUCCUGAGACUCGCGCGGGCACACACAUCCAUCCUCCUCCCUUCAGAUGGACACACGCAGUACAUUUGUGUGGAUGUGGACAGGUACACAUACUUUACAUACAAUACAAACGCCAACAAGUACAAUCCUUGAUUGUUCUUUCCACGAUACGUCUUGAUUCCUCAUCCUCUUCAGCUGAACGAUGGAAACUGAGACAGACACACUGACUAAGGAAAGACCUGUAAACUCUCCGGACUUCCUCCCUUUGUGGUCGUUCAUAUGUGUGUGGGAUAAUUUAAGGAAGUGCCCGUAUUGCACUGGUUCCUCGUGUGCAAUCUGCAGUAUUGGCUGGACUGUUAACUGACACAUUAAAGGUUGAAUUUAAUUGAAUUCAAGUAUUUUUUAACCCAGAUGUUCAUCUCCACCGAUAAUAUUGUAAGUGGCUUUGGCUGUCAAACUGAUCACAGAUUUAUCAUUUAUCUCUCCAGUAAUUAUUUCAGAAGCUUUGAGAGACACAUCAUGUCCUUUUCUAGCAACACUGGUAAUGGUGACCCUGAGCAUUUUUGAGUUUGAAUCUUACUGUAAAUCCUCUUUAAAUGGAGCAUUAACUCUUUCUUAGUAGCUGAAUGCUUGUGUGAAUGUUAACUUAAUUCCCGUAAUGUUCAAACCAAAUGUACAAGUAUUUUGUUUUUACAUGUUUACCAAGGGGUAGAAUAUUUUGAGCUGUAGUUGAGUUGAGAAUGCUCUGAAGUGAUUAAAACCUCUUUAUUGUUGUUGCAAACUUUUGCUUUUGAACAAAGCCAUGACUAACAUUCACUACUGCACGUCAAACAAGUCAUUGUCUCGGAUAGUUGAAAUGAAUCUGAAUGUGUUGAGUGGUUAGUUUAGAAGGAAAACCGUUCAAACAAUGGUUCAAUGUUAUGAUCCAUUGGCGUGAUUAUUUCUGAUGUGUCUCUGGCACUUAAAGUCAGUUUAGUGGGGAAAACAGGAACUCAUCCUGGCUUGUUCUCAAAAAAAAAUGGAAAUAAUUUUUUGACUGGAAGCAGAUCUUAAUUAUGCAAUUUCUUCAACUUGUAGGGUCUUGUUUCUUUCAUCUCUAACUCCUGUAGGUAUAUUUAUGUUUCUUUUUUAAAUAAAGGUUGCCUUCCUAUUACUCAA